GGGGGUAGACUGAGGCCCCUGGGCGCAGGCGGCAGCCAUGGCCCGGGAGCUGCUGGGCGGCGCGGGGCUGCACUUCGACGAGCUCAACAAGCUGCGGGUGCUGGAGCCGGGCGUGGCGCAGCAGACGGCGGAGCUGCGGGAGGAGUGCAAGGCCUUCGUGGACAAAAUUGCAGAGUUUCAAAAAAUAGUGGGUAGCUUAAUUGAACUUGUUGAUCAACUAGCAAAAGCAGCUGAAAGCGAGAAGAUGAAGGACCCGAAUUUUGUACGUGCGGCAUCAUUCAGAAAGUGUCACCAGGGAGAGCAUCGUCAUUGAAGGGAGUUGGCAGAAGGAAGAGGUUGAUUAGAGAAAAAAGCAUUUACAUACACACUAAUGAUAGCUCCUUUUGUGAACUCCAUUGUUGAUGCAUACGUAGACAGACACAUCACCCAUCUGUACAUUUUAUAGGUUAAUUUAGAAAUAUUUAGUAUGAUAAGCAAAUGUAUUGUCAUCUUGAUUUUGGGGGGGCGCAAAUCGGAAUUAGCGGUCACCUCUCUGCUUACCUGUCCUUCCCUUGUACCAGUGAUCAAUGAUCCUGUAAUAUUUCUAGACAAGGCUUUGCCACUCUGCCCUCUCUGUGGCUUGGCCAAAUUACCAGUAAUGGUAGAGUUAGCUUCCCCUGACAGGAAAGCGGUGUUAUUACCUAACUUGGUAGGAUGCCACUACCAGUUCACUAAUGUCUGUGCAAAACUAGCAAGCCUCUGAUCCACAGAAAUGCACAUUGUGCAUGACAUUUCACAGCUACAAAGAUGAUAGAUUUGUAGGGACUCUGUCUGUACCACAAACUCUCUUAGCAUCUAUCCUGCUUUGCCAUAUACUAUGUGUGGGUCAGUUAUCGUGGCAAAUCUUAGGUUUGAAGAGGAAAUCCUAUGAAGAUGUUACUCUUCUCAGUGCCCAAGUGUUUUAAAAGGACCUGAAAAUUGUCCAGCUGGAAAUGACAGUAGCAAAACAUUAAUGAUAAAAUUCCUUUGCUAAAAAGCAAUCUUGUUU